GUAUGUAGAAAAGAUGUAUCGAUCGGCCAGUAUGAAUAGGUUUUCCGACGACCAUUACAGCUAUUAUGGCUCGUCGUCGCCAUCUUCAAAAGUCCCAACCGCCCUGAGGGCGUUGUCCGAUGAUAGUGCCAACGAGCUGCCAAUGUACGAGCCGCUAUCGGAUGCAGCUAAGAAGGAAAGAUCAAGAGCCAAGUUUGCGGAGAAGGCCGUUCAUGCCAUCCCUUUAGUGCUUCUUUUCUGCGCUUUCAUUCUGUGGAUUUUUUCUAAUCCGGAUAUCAAGUUAAGAGGUACAAUUGCAGAAGAAAUAAAAGGAAUGUCAAAGUUAAGCAGCGAUGAUACAGGACAUUUACCUCUGCACCUUGGCGAUUUGCCGGGUACCGCCAAUACUAUUUUCUCACGGAAUACACCAUGA